AAGAUUUGUUUUGAAAACAAAAAGUUUAUUCAUCUACUUUAGAUACAUUUAAUGUACAUUAGUGGAAAAUAUUUCUGGUCAAGGAACUGUGUGCACUACUAAUACAUGUACGUAGGCCUAGCAGUACUACGGUCUACCUGAAAUGCGCUUCAUAACCACCAUGACCACUGAGAAGUUUGUCAACUACACAUUCCACCCGAUUUCAACCAGAACGCCGAUCUGAAAAUUUCUACCGCUGAAAACUACAUGUACUGAAGUCAUAAUGUCCACGAGGACAGCACUGGUUAGCAAGGAUGUAAAUGCCCCCGUGGCUACAGUUCGUCCCUUGAGCAAGCUGCCAAUGCCAUCCAAACUGCGCCCCCCACAAGUGCAGGUCAAAAGACCGUUAGCCCAGGAUGAGGCUAACAUCGAUGGCACCGGUGCACCACAAGCUAAGAGGAGAAAACCCGAGGAGGUGGCCAAGCCCAACGGCAGGGGUAACAACGGCAGUACUACCGCUGCCAAGAGGCCAGCGCCGGCAAGGUCACAGAGGCAGACAUCGGCUGCCACCCUGCCAAAGGUCGAUCGGCCAGCAGUCACCCGCACCAAGCCCGCCGCUGCCAGGCCGGCAAAGCCAACAGUUGUUGCUCGCAACCCGCCAGCUAAACCCACUGCUCGACCCAGAGCUAACACCUCAACUAAACCCAGCAUUACCACCACCAGCACUGCCAAUGGCCCCAAGAAGGCCAAGCGGCCGGCCUGGGACCUGAAGGGCCGGCUAGCAGACAUUGAGAGCCAGCUGGAGAUGCGCAACGCCCUGAACCACCAACUACAGCAGGAAGUCAAUGAGAGGACAGGCAACAACCACUCACUGGAGUCCGACAAUGACAGCCUGCGGUCCGCCCUGCAACAGAAAGGCCGAUGCCUAGAGGAGGCCAACCAGACCAUCCAACAACUGGAGAGGAAAGUUAGGGACUCAGAGGACGAGUUGAUGGCAUCCACUCGUCGUCUGCAGAGGGAGAAAGACGACGUGCUGCAUGCCAACCAGCAGCUGGACCGUCAGUUGGCUGACGUCCGGGGUGACCUGGGUGCCUCCAGGCAGGAAUGCAGCGGGCUGAAGGCAUCCGUUGCUCAGAUGGCCGCUGCCCAAGCGGGCAUCACAGCUGAACUGGCCAGCACUAAGUUGAACUACGAGCAGUCACUGGAAGCCGGCCGGCUCUUACAAAACGAGAUUGCUCAGCUCAAGGUAGUGAUCGCCCAGCAUGAAGCCAUGAUAGCGGACCAAGAGGCGCAGAUCCGUGAAAACGAGACUACGCGGAGGAAACUGCACAACACAAUUCAAGAGCUGAAGGGUAACAUCCGUGUAUUUUGUCGAGUUCGCCCUCUUCUGCCCGAAGAGACUGCAAGCGGUCAUGACAUGCGACACAUCAACUUCACAGAAACGGACAAUAAGACCAUCGAGUUGGCCGACGCCAAUCUUAACGAGAGUAAUGUCGGCACACGGUCCAGCAGCAGUAAGAAGUAUGAAUUUGGUUUUGAUCGCGUCUUCGACCCUAGCUCCACACAGGCAGAGGUCUUUGAUGAGAUAUCCCAGUUGGUUCAGAGUGCCCUGGACGGCUACAAUGUGUGCGUGUUUGCCUACGGCCAGACGGGCAGCGGCAAGACGUUCACCAUGGAGGGGCCAGAUGAUGUAGGAGAGGAGACGGAGGGGAUGAUCCCCAGGGCGGUGCGACAGAUCUUCCAGACGGCCAGCGAGCUCAAGGAGAAGGGCUGGGAGUACACUAUGGAAGCCAGCUUCCUAGAGAUCUACAAUGAGACGGUACGCGACCUGCUGGGUGCAGGCGACAAGAAGUGUGAGAUCAAGCUGGCAGCCAAGGAUGGUCGCGGCGGUACCAACAGCGGCAGCAAUGACGUGGAAGUAACCAACUCCACCACGGUGGCGGUGAGCGGCGAGGCACAGGUGCGGGCGCUGCUGGGCAGGGCCUCCCACCAGCGGGCCGUGGCGGCUACGGGAUGCAACGAGCGGUCCUCCCGCAGCCACAGCGUCUUCCGGCUGAGGCUGACCGGAACCAAUGCACUGACUGGCGAGGCCAGCCAAGGUACCCUGAAUCUGGUGGACCUGGCGGGCAGCGAGCGACUGUCCCAGUCGGGCUCCACCGGCGAGCGGCUGCGCGAGACCAAGAACAUCAACCGCAGCCUGAGUAACCUGGGCAACGUCAUCAUGGCGCUAGCCAACAAGGAAUCCCACGUGCCUUACCGCAACAGCAAGCUCACCCACCUGCUGCAGAACUCCCUGGGAGGCAACUCCAAAACGUUGAUGUUCGUCAACAUUUCACCCCGCGAGGAGAACCUGCAGGAGUCCCUUUGCUCACUACGCUUUGCCACCAAGGUUAAUCAAUGUAACAUUGGCACCGCCCAAAAGAAAGUCAAGUAAGGCAUGCCAAAGGCCCAGAAGGAAUUUGAAAUCUUAGAAUACGAUGCGGAACUAGCAUUACCGCAGUUAGACAAUAUGGAGAGUUUUACCUGGGAAAGGAGAAGCCAGAGAGAAAAUAAUGGAUUUCCAUUGGAAAAACAGCAGGUUAAAGAAUAAUAAAUUGCCAUUUUUAUAAAGCACUUUUAGCAAUAUCAACCCACUUUCCAAUGUUCACAUAUUCAGAUGUGCAUGGUACUUUAUCGUGGGGCCAUUCAUGGAUGAUCCUACAAUGCCAGUCCUUAUCUUGUGGCGUUAUAGUCUAUGGGCUUCCUGCAAUGCACGUCUUCCAUCAUGUUUUUUAACACUGCACUUCUGCUUCAAAGCAAGUGUUUCACAGUUUUUGCCCGUUUUCCCUUGUACAUACGUAUAUACCUGUAGGCCUUUAUGGUAUUUCUUAGAGUAAAGAGUUUGUAUAGUGGUAUAAUUUUGGUUUUAUCAUCUGUUUUGUGUUAAAGUGCAUUGUAAAGUACAGUAAUUAAUUGUGACAAUAUAGUUAUUGACUAUAGACUAGUUUGUACAGUUGGCAAUUUUGUGGUAAUAGCCAAACGUAGGGCAGUGUUAGAGUAGAUUAGACUGGAUGUCAGUCUGAAAUCCACCCCACAGUAUACGCCAUGCAAAAUGCACAACAUUGGAGAGUUAAUUUUGACGAUGCCAACUUUCCCUGCAUGAUGCAAGGGAUAGUUUUGAUGAUGGGUUAACCACUUCCUGCCAAGUGGAGAUAGCGGCACUGAGGACACACUGUCGCGUGCUUUUUCACUUUUUUCUGUUCUUAAAAUUCUUCAAAAAUUCAUUUGGACUGGACCCGUACACCCAAACAGACGACUGUCUUGUGGCAAGUCUUAUCUGACAGGCAACCUCCAUUGACACGCGAGUAUUGCAGCCAUGCCUGCCGCCCAGUAAAGAGCCCCCAUUGCGUGGUGUCGUGUAAGUUCCUCUUUGUUCUGGAAAUUGGCCCAGUGCACCAGUAUGUUGCUGGAUGGCGGCGUUGUCUGUAUUACACAGCCAGAUUCCACAAGCGCCCAGCGGUACUGUAUCGCUCAUCGCUGGAGCACUUUUGUUUCCGCUGAUACUUCAUGAACAAUGGUACUGUUUCAAAGCUAUGACAGACUACCUCCACGAAAAAUUGGCCAGCACUCUGCAGACAGCACAUGAACCUUGACUGGCAAGUCCCAGCAGCUGACUGACACCAAGUAAACUUUUUCUAAAAACACCAAGCACCUUCAUUUUUUUCCAUGAAGAAAGUUCCGAUUUCAAGCAAUCCAGCCAUGCGUACAUGGCCAAGGUCUCCGGUACCAGGCUCCCUGGCAGGAAGUGGUUGACGAUAAAUUCAACAAAAAAUCAACGCAUUAGAUUUCCACACACAAUGGUGGGCUUGGGGUGGCACUGCGUUAACGGAGACUGUUAACACCACUUUUUAUAACAAAGAUUUUUUUUGUUAAUUUUGUCAAAAAUGACAACUGAACAUAAACAAUGGCGCAGAAAUUUUCCUCCGUCUGAUACUCGACACUGUCUCAAAAACACUCAAAAUAAUAAAAGACAAAGUCUAGGUUUAGUGAAGACAUACAUGAAUUGCUUUUUUUUUUAUUAAUUAAACCAAAAUACGGCCCAACCUUGUAAACUUUGUCAUUACUAUAUGCUUUGAGGUAAAGUGUGUAAUCUUAAUUGUUUCACGUGACAGGUCAGGGAGACAA